GCCGCAGCCCCGACCUCGCCCGCCCGCCCGCGCUCGCCCCCGCCAUGCCCAACAUCGUGCUGUUCAGCGGCAGCUCCCACCACGACCUGUCCCAGCGGGUGGCGGACCGGCUCGGGCUGGAGCUGGGCAAGGUGGUCACCAAGAAGUUCAGCAACCAGGAGACCAGUGUAGAGAUUGGUGAAAGUGUGAGAGGGGAAGAUGUGUAUAUUAUCCAGAGUGGCUGUGGAGAAAUAAAUGACAACUUAAUGGAACUACUCAUCAUGAUCAAUGCUUGCAAGAUUGCAUCAUCCUCCAGAGUGACUGCUGUAAUUCCAUGUUUUCCAUAUGCCAGGCAAGAUAAGAAAGAUAAGAAGGGGUCCGUGGAACGUUGGAGCCGUGCACCAAUCUCUGCAAAACUUGUUGCCAACAUGCUGUCAGUUGCAGGGGCUGACCACAUCAUCACCAUGGACUUGCACGCUUCUCAGAUCCAGGGUUUCUUUGACAUUCCAGUAGAUAACCUGUAUGCAGAACCUGCAGUCCUGCAGUGGAUUAAGGAGAACAUUCCCGAGUGGAGAAACUGUAUCAUAGUCUCACCUGAUGCAGGUGGUGCAAAAAGGGUUACUUCAAUUGCUGACAGACUGAAUGUGGAAUUUGCUCUCAUUCAUAAGGAAAGAAAGAAGGCAAAUGAAGUGGACAGAAUGGUCUUGGUUGGUGAUGUGAAAGACAGAGUAGCAAUUCUUGUAGAUGAUAUGGCUGACACAUGUGGCACAAUAUGUCAUGCAGCAGACAAGUUAAUGUCUGCUGGAGCUACUAAAGUUUAUGCCAUUCUGACUCAUGGCAUCUUUUCUGGUCCUGCCCUCUCUCGGAUUAAUAAUGCAUCAUUUGAGGCUGUUGUGGUAACUAACACAAUCCCUCAAGAGGAGAAAAUGAAACACUGCCCAAAAAUACAGUUUAUUGACAUUUCCAUGAUCCUGGCAGAGGCAAUUCGAAGAACGCACAAUGGUGAAUCUGUGUCUUACCUGUUCAGUCACGUCCCCUUGUAACUGCAGGGGAUUACACUGUAUCUUUGCAAGACUCUCCUAAGCACUGUUUUUAACGACGCACAUCAACCAUGAGAAAUUAGUAUCUUUGUACAAUUCGAGAGCUUGUAUGUUUAAUUAUUGUAUUUGUCGUGUAAUUACCAUUUGUUCUUUGUAAAUGGGCAAUAAAUCUCCAUCUUGCAGAAA